AUGAGUGAAUAUUUCUCGCUCUUCGAUUGUGAUGUGAUAGGUUUCGAUUUAGACCACACACUCUGUCGGUACCAUUUGAAGGAGACCUCUCGGCUAAUCUACGAGAGCUUUGCCAGAUAUUUGGUGGAACACAAAGGCUAUGACAAGGAUCUGCUGAAUUUAACCCCCGCAACAUGGGAUUUCUGUUUUAAGGGCCUUGUGGUGGACCUCGAGGAUGGAAAUCUAGUUAAAUUAGCAGAAGAUGGAACUGUUUUAAGAGCCACCCAUGGAACACAUGAUCUCAGCACAGAGGAGAUUAUAAAACAUUAUGGCCCAAAGAGGGAGUGGAAGCAUUUCAAUAGCCUCAAUACCUCAUACACUCGAUCCGCCAAGUACUAUUUCUAUGACAAUUAUUUUGACCUUCCCGGAGCCCUUCUGUGUGCAAAAGUAGUGGAUAUGUUGCACAAGAGAGGUAAUGAGGUGACAUCUGACUUUUGGAAAGACAUGGUUGCGGCCAUUGACCACAACUACAACACAUCUGCAUUCAGGGAGGAUGCGGGCACUUAUUUCCCAAAUGUGAAGAGGAACCCAGGCCGUUAUCUGCAGCCCUGUUCGGACUCAGUUAAGAACUGGCUCCGUAGCAUGAAGAAUGCCGGCAAGGUCCUACUCCUCAUCACUAGCUCUCACAGUGACUACUGCAGACUGGUGUGUGAACACAUUCUGGGAAAGGAUUUUGAGGAGCUGUUUGACGUCAUCAUUACCAAUGCUUUGAAGCCUGGCUUCUUCUCCUUGGUACCACAACAAAGGCCCUUCAGGAUCCUGGUGAAUGAUUUGGAGGAUAGUGAGGGCCUGCCAUCUCUGGACAAACCUGGUUGGUACUCUCAAGGCAACUGGCCCCAUCUACACGAGCUGCUCAAGUCCAUGACCGGAAAGCCCGAGCCUAAGGUGGUGUAUUUUGGGGACAGCAUGCGUUCGGACAUGUUCCCAGCCAGCAGCUAUGGGAAGUGGGAGACUGUGAUGAUUGUGGAGGAGAUGGAGGGCGAGGGCGUGCCCAGGAGCAACCCAGCCAAAGCCAGUGAGGCCCAUGCGGAGCCCCUGGAGAAGAGGGGAAAGUUUGAAGACCAGGGCAUGAAAACCCCCUCAGCAGUGUCAGAGCAGUGGGGUUCAUAUUUUGUGGAUGUGUAUCGCAGUGGUGGAGGUGAGGAGGAAACUCAGAAGCUCACUUGGUGUUGCCAUAGCAUCCAUACCUAUAGCACCAUGGCAAUUCCCAGUGUGGAGGCCAUAGCAGAUCUCCCUCUGGACUAUAAAUUCCCAAGGUUCUCCCCUGAGAAGCCCUGUACCACAGGAUAUUACCCAAGACCCCCAGAUUCCCUACUGAAGAGAGUCCAGAGCCAGCCUUGA